UCAUUGAACCUGAAGUGUAUUGAUUCACGUCUAAAGCUGGACAAAAGCGGGAUUUCAAUAACAGCUCCUGUAUGUUUCCGACAUUCUAGAUUCUACUCCAUCGUCGCUUCCAAUCUACUCCGGCCGAACUCCGAGUACCACGUAUCAGUGAGCAAUCUGGACAUACAGACGCCGGUGAAGUUUAGAAUCACGUUAAAUAACACCGGUAGCGGUGUACCUAUUGCCGUUGAGGAUGUCACUCUCGGUCAUGGGGAAUCACGGUUGAUUCCAUUAAGUAUUGGUGAUAUUGCACAAGGCGACUACAGUCUGGUGGCCGAAGGGUUAUCAGGUUUUCUGUUCAAAAACGAUUCCAGUCUCAACUAUCAACCGAAGAGUUUUUCGGUGUUUGUACAGACAGAUAAGGCAAUAUACAAACCGGGAGACACCGUACGUUUUCGUGUUUUAGUGCUGGAUCCUAAUACGAAGCCACUGCAGAAGGUGGACAGUGUGAAGAUACAUAUCACGGAUGGUAAAAGCAAUCGUAUUAAACAGUGGCACGAUGCAAAACUGGUUAAGGGAGUUUUCGAGUCGGAAUUGCCAUUGUCAAGCGCUCCGGUUCUGGGUCGGUGGUUGAUUAACGUGGAAGCACUGGGAACGACGAAAGCGCAAGAGUUUGAAGUUGACGAAUACGUGCUACCAAAGUUUGAGGUCAGCGUAGAGUCACCUGGAAUCACCACAUUCAAGGAUGGCAAGGUGAAGGCAAUCGUCCGCGCCAAGUACACCUACGGCAAACCGGUAAAGGGAGAAGCUACCGUUUCCGCGUAUCCGGACUUUCGUUUCCACUAUGUUCAACCAUUCGAGCGGGACGUUAUUACUAGGAAAACCGUUCCGAUCGAUGGGAAAGGUUCAGUCGAGUUUGACUUGCGCGAUGAAAUCAAACUGGAAGGAGAAUAUACGCGAGAGAUCGUGAUUGAGGCGAUCGUCGAAGAGGAGCUUACCAGUAGGAAGCAAAAUACGACCUCCAAAGUUACAAUCUAUGACCGAAGGAUUAAGAUGGAGCUGGUGAAGAGCGGAGAAAAGUUUAAACCAGGACUGCCCUAUACCGCUUGGCUUAAGGCAAGCUUCCAGGAUGGAGCUCCCGUGCAAGAUAGUCUCAAUCAGGUUGAAGUUACACAGGAGUCCGGUUGGCCAAGUACCAAUAUUACGAAGCGUAACUAUACUUUGGAUCAAAAUGGAAUAGCCAAGCUGGUGGUGAAUACAGAUAUCGAGGCUGAUAACAUGGAUUUCAAGGCGGAAUACUUAGGAACGGUAUACUACCUUGGAGGGAUUUCCAAGGGAUGGGUCAAGACGGAAGCUUAUAUGCGGGCAAAGGUUCUCACAGAAAUUCCUACCAUUAACAAAGAUAUAACGGUUGAUGUGUCCUCGACGGUUCCAAUGAAAUAUUUAAAUUAUCAAGUUUUGGGCCGAGGUGACAUCAUCGUUGGUGGCACUAUUGCCGUUCCUGAGCAAAAGUCUCAUACGUUCCGAUUCCCGGCCAGCUUUGCCAUGGUGCCAAGAGCACGUUUGGUAGUUUAUUUUAUCCGAGAAAAUGGUGAGCUUGUUAGUGAUAAGACGGAUAUCGAGUUCGGCAACGAUCUUCAGAACUUCCUCAAAGUAUCGCUCUCCAAGACUCAAUCGAAACCUGGACAAGACGUGGACAUUAGUAUAAGCACUAACCCUGAUUCGUACGUUGGAUUGCUCGGCGUGGAUCAGAGUGUUUUAUUGCUUAAGAGCGGAAACGAUCUUACCACCGGAAAAGUGUUCGACGAAUUGAAGAUGUACGAGCAGGCUAGCUACGGUUACUAUCGGAGAAAGCGAUUUGCUCCGUGGACAUACCGUCCUUCCUACGAGGAUUUCAACGAUAUUGGAGCUGUAAUCAUGACAAACGCCAACGAACCACCACCGAACGAUACCUCCUCCCGUUUAUCCCCGAUUACCUACAAGGUGCUCCGAGCUCCCGACGGUUCUCCACUGUACACGGUGAUCGAGAAGCAACCUCGAUCGCUGCCGGUCCACGAGUUCAAAACCAACACUCGGCCACCACUGGCCGGACCGUAUGCCUUCAGCCGUAUUCCAAAGCCUCACAGAAAUAUUCCCCGAAUUUUCCUGUCGCAAGAAAUCGCCAACACGUGGCUGUUUGAGAACGCGUACUCAGGCUUCACCGGCGAGAAAACAAUCACGAAAAAGGUACCAGAUACCAUAACCUCCUGGAUCAUCACAGGCUUUUCGGUGAAUCCCGUUUACGGCCUGGGAUUAACGCAAACGCCAAGGAAGCUGAACGUUUUUCUGCCCUUCUUCGUAUCCACCAAUUUGCCCUACUCGGUUAAACGGGGUGAGAUCGUUUCCAUUCCGAUCGUAAUCUUCAAUUACAUGGAGUCGGACCAGAAUGCCGAGGUGACCUUCCACAAUACUGAGCAGGAGUUUGAGUUUGCCGAUGUGGAGAACGAAAUCCACGAUAGUCCAAAAUUGGAACUGUUCCGCAAAAAGACCGUUGAAGUACCGUCAAACAGUGGAAAAACGGUUUCCUUCAUGGUGAAGCCGACGAAGUUGGGUCACAUUACAAUUAAGGUAACGGCGACUACCAAACUGGCCGGUGAUGGCGUCGAAAGGCAACUGCUGGUUGAACCGGAGGGGCUUCCACAGUACGUCAAUAAGGCGUCUUUUGUGGAUUUACGGGCAACGCCAGAAGCAAUGAGCAACUUUAGUGUUGAUGUGCCGAAGAAUGCGGUUCCGGACUCUACUCGAAUUGAAGUCUCCGUAAUUGGUGACGUGUUGGGAUCUACAAUCCAGAAUCUCGACUCUCUUAUCCGAAUGCCAUACGGCUGUGGCGAACAGAACAUGUUGAACUUCGUUCCAAAUAUCGUAGUGCUGGACUAUUUGAAGAACACCAAUCAAUUGAAUUCUAAGAUCGAAGAGAAGGCGAAAAAAUUCAUGGAAUCAGGCUACCAGCGUGAGCUGACGUACAAACAUGAUGACGGAUCGUUUAGUGCCUUUGGGAAUAGCGAUAAAAGGGGAAGCACGUGGUUGACCGCAUUCGUAGCGCGCUCAUUUAAACAAGCUGCCAAUCACAUCAGCGUCGACGAGAAAAUAAUUGAUCGUUCGCUGGAGUGGUUGAGUGAUCAGCAAGCAGCCAACGGAAGCUUCCCUGAGGUGGGAAAAGUUUCACAUAAAGAUAUGCAGGGAGGAUCCGGGCAAGGAAUCGCUUUAACCGCGUACACGUUGAUCGCCUUCCUGGAGAACAAGAACUUGAUCCCCAAGUAUAAGAACGUCAUCAACAAGGCUCUGGAUUACAUCGUGCGCAAUACCGAAGGCUUGGAUGAUAAUUACUCCAUGGCCCUCGCAGCAUAUGCACUGCAACUAGCUGAUCACAGUGCCAAGGACUAUACUUUGUCUCUGUUGGAUACCAAGGCCACAACGGAUGGGGACACAAAAUGGUGGCAUAAACCAAUUCCGGAAAGCGAAAACAAAAGCCCUUGGUACAGUAAACCGAACUCAGUCAACGUGGAGAUGUCUGCGUAUGGUAUGCUAGCCUUUCUGGAAGCUGGUCUGGACACCGAUGCGUUGCCAAUCAUGAAAUGGUUGAUCGCUCAACGUAACGACAAAGGCGGGUUCCAAUCGACGCAGGAUACAGUUGUCGGUUUGCAAGCACUAGCUAAACUGGCUGCGAAAAUUUCCUCUAAAAACAGCGACGUAACCAUUGUGGCAAGCUUUAACGAUAAUCAGCAAAAGGAGAUGAAGGUCAAUGCAGAGAACAAAAUGAUUCUUCAAAAGUUUGAGCUGCCAGCUAAUGCGAAAAAAAUUGACAUCAAGGCGACCGGACGAGGAUUCGCCAUUGUUUCUUUAUCAUACAAGUACAAUAUGAAUGUGACCGGUGAAUGGCCACGGUUUGUUCUGGAUCCCCAGGUUAAUAAGAACUCCAAUCAAGAUUAUCUGCACCUAUCGGUGUGUACCAGUUUUGUUCCAGCGACCGGCCAGAACAGUUCUAACAUGGCUGUUAUGGAAGUAGGCUUCCCCAGUGGCUUCACUGCUGAUUCGGAUACCCUACCCUCGCUGGAGAACAUGGAUUACAUCAAAAAAGUCGAGCUGAAGGAUGGUGAUACCAUUGUGGUGUUAUACUUCGAUAGUUUGGAUCGCAAGGAAAUUUGCCCAACAGUCUCCGCCUUCCGUACCCACAAAGUGGCUAAGCAAAAGCCGGCUCCAGUAGUAAUCUAUGAUUAUUAUGACAACUCUCGUAUUGCUCGUCAAUUCUACGAUGGCCCCAAAUCAACUCUGUGUGAUAUCUGUGAAAAUGAAGACUGCGGUCAAUCCUGUACGAUAAAAUCGCAAAAACAACGCUCGCCCAAGGACGCGCAGUACGGUGAAACUGUGAUGGUGACUAGCGCUGGCAGUUCGAUACAUUCGAUCGCGCUGUCAUUUAUCGUGGUUGCAGUUUUGGUCAAGCUGUUCCAAUAAGCUUGAUUAAGCAAGAAGUAAUGGGGAGAACAAAAGAGUGAUUUGCAAUAGUUUUGAAUUAUAUGUCAGUUUUAAAAUCAUUGCGAUUCGGUCUUUUACUGAAAUAUUUUACCAGGAAUUACUUUUUAUUAAAGUACUGAUGUUGAUAAAAGGAA